AGGGAGACAACUCGUGGAGUGGAAUGGGGGACUCGCACUGGUUUUUCUGUAAUGCUAACUGCUAACAGAACAACCGGUCGAAUUUGUGGGAAAUGUGAACACUAAUUUUGUAAUUUGUUUUUAACAAAAUAAAGCUAUGGCAGUCCCACAAGAUCUGUUUACAUUCAACCCAUUAGGCAAAAAGGUUCAGAAAGAGCAGGUGACGACACACAAGCUGUCUUUGCUUGUGCUGGUCUAUGAGUACCAGCAGCAGAAGAAACCGCCAGAUCCUCUGGAUCCUCCAAUUUUUUCUGAGACUGAGAAACGAGACUUCAUGACGACACUGCUCGACUUGUUACAGAGUCUUCAUCUUGAGCUUGUGGUCCUCAAACAACGACUGGAACCCAUUCUCAAGCCCUGUCUCUAUGAAGGCUUCAUUGCCAGACUGAAGGAGUUUUCAGAAGAAGGUGUGCAACCACUGAUGGAUUUCUUUGAACUUGUCAACAAUCUCGUGUUCCCGGAGCCUCCCGAUGAUCCACAGAUUGUGAAAAGCAGUGUUUUUGGUUUGUUUAUAAGACGUAUGGUAUUGGCAUUUAACAAGCUGUCAUUUAGUCAGGUGACCUACUUUCACAGCAAGGUCAAGGCCUACUACAGUGUCCUCGUAGAGGCCGAAUCUGAACUGGCAAAGUCAAUGACGGAAUCUGUUAUGAGUUUAUCUGGGAUGGAACCUCUUACCAAAAGUGGACUGGGCAAGUCAUUUGAUGGCCUUCACCUUCCUAGCGAGACUGUUCCUGGAGGAUUUUAUUCUCAAAAACAAGCCGAAUAUUUUAUAGCACAGCAGGCAUUCAUGUUGCUUCAUAAUGAACAAGCUGCAUUGCCUCCUGGGAAGCUUCAAGAAAAGAUAACUGCUCUGUUAAGGGACAUGCCAGAUAUGGCAGAAGCUUAUUUUCUGAGCUACCUGAACAGUCUGAGGGUGAAAGAAUACUGCACUGCCCUGCACAAUCUGUACAACUACUUCAACCGUAGUGCCAACAUGGCGGAGGAAAGUGCCACUCCGGGCAAGGGGCAGGACGAGGAUGUUUCACGCAGAUACGCGGCAUUAAAUCUGGCAGUUCUUCUUUAUCGGUUUGGUCACAAGACUGAGGCAAUGGAAGCCCUCCAGGAAUCAAUACGCAUGGCUCAGAAGAAGAAUGAUCAUGUCUGCUUACAGCAUGCACUGUGCUGGCUACAUCGUCUAGGGGACAAUAAUGUCGCUCACACAAAAAACCUAAUGGAACGAUCGGUGUCAAAGAGUGCUGAGCUGUCUCUGCCGUAUCUAACAUCACUGGGAGUGCAAGCCUUAGCAAAACACAAUGCCAUCACAACAGCAAAGCCAUCUAGUGUGUUUGAAUACCUGGUUAAAAGUGACAUUCUCAACUGUCAGCACUCUCUCGUUGGGUUGAUGUGUAUUAGCUAUGCACAGAAAGCAGCCCUUUGGAGCAUGUAUGGUAAAAGAGAAUGUUCCAGCAUGUGCAGUCAACUGGUUUUGAACCUGGAUACCUCAGAAAGUAUGGUUUAUUAUAACGGAGAGUCAGUCUGUAUAGCUCUGUGCAAUCUCGCACUGCACCACAAAGAUGAGGGUAACUACACGACCGCUUUGGACCUUGUUGGCAAUGCCAGACACCGUUUUCCGGCCAAAUCCCAGUACGCACACAUCUGGAUGUGUUGUGAACAGGUGAUACUGUUUGACAGAAACCUCUACAACAAGAAGUGGAGUCAGGCGGAGCAGGCUGUUCUCAACCUGAGAGCUUUAAAUGAAGAUGAAGCAAAUCUCAGACAUGGCAUUCUGUUGCGGGAAACGGGUGAGGUAACAGAAGCAUCAUCUGAGCUGCACAGUAUUUUAAAGAAGGAGAGCAGUAGAAAGAAAAAGGAAGUAUCACCAGACUAUGAGUGCAGUGUUCUGCUAGCCCUGGUUGAGGUGUAUACCCAGACAGGGAACCCAGCUACAGCUCUGCCCCACGUGAUGGACUGUAUCACAAGAGCCAAGGAACAUCACCUGCACUACCUCCUUGCUAUGGCUACCAUUUACCUGGCCUUCAUUCAGUUUGACAUGCGACUGUAUGAGCAGGCAUUGGGCCUAAUAGAGCAGCAUCUGCUGACAGUGUUAACUCACGGCAGCUGUCUGGACAAAGCCCGCACCCUGUACCUGUAUUCCAAGUGUUGUGUGGCUGCAGCUAGCAAGGCCUCUCCAGCAGAUCGACGCUCAGCUCUGGCCUCUGCUGUGAGUGUGAUGAACCAGGUUAUUGAUCUGUUCAAGAAGAUAGAAGCCAAUCACCGGGUAAAGGACGCCUUGUACUAUCAGGCCAGACUCUUCAACGAUCUUGGCUACACUGCAGAGCGGAACAAGUGUGCCUACCAGUUCAAACAACUCGAUCUGCUGUCAGCCACGGAAAGUCCCAUGGAAGUCACCAUGUUCUAAUGUACCAAUAAUCACUGAAAGUCCAAUGGGUGUUGCCGUGUUCUAAUGUACCAAAACACUGAGAGUCCAAUGGGUGUUGCCAUGUUCUAAUGUACCAAAACACUGAGAGUCCAAUGGGUGUUGCCGUGUUCUAAUGUACCAAAACACUGAGAGUCCAAUGGGUGUUGCUGUGUUCUAAUGUACAUAAAGACUGAGAGUCCAAUGGGUGUUGCCGUGUUCUAAUGUACCAAAACACUGAAAGUCCCAUGGGUACCAAGAUAUGGCAGACCUUGUGGGCGUCACCAAGGCACAGAAAGUCCUGUGGGUGCCAUGGUAUUUUGAUGUACCAAACGAGGGAAAGUCCCAUGUUUGUCAGUGUUUCAAGACAGAAAGUCCCAAGGGUGUCACUAUGUUUGAUGUACAGGACGCAGAAAGUGCCAUGGUUGUCAUUGUUUUGAUGUACAAAACAGAGAAAGUCCCCAAGGGUGUUGCCAUGUUUUAAUGUACCAAGACAUCAAAGUCAUCCUUGGUGUACUAAGAUUUGGAAAGUUAAGUAGCAAUGGUUGUUUUUUCAUGUGGUGAGGUAUCAAGCUACUAAAAGUCCAUUGCAAAAUGAGAGACUUUCCCACUGAUGUUGCCAUACUCUUGAUAGACGAAAUUAGGAAAACUGUCAAGGAUGAUAAUAUAUUAUUGACCUAGUUAAGGAAAUGCCCACGAGUGUUACCAUGGUGUGGCUGACAAGUUAGGAAAAAUAAAUAAGUUGUGAUCAUGUAUUACAAAGAAAAGAUGUGCAUAUUCAAGUGUUAUAUAUACCAAGAUUGAGGAAGGCUCAUGUGAUAUCACAAGUGCAGAUGAUCCAAGGUAGAUAACCAGGGGCAUUCCCCAUAACAAAUUAAAAUGUCCAUAUUUUUAACAAUGUCUUUACAAUUUUAUUCAAAGUGUCCUUUUUUGAGGGAGUUUGUCCAGGUUAUCAUUCUAUAUUAUUUCCUGGGUCUGCUGUUGCAUGGAUAAUUCCAUGUGUGUUGUGACACGAGAGGUAGUCUAGUGGCAGUGAUACAAGAAAAGACUUCUGUCAAUUGUCUGUUGUCAAAAGCUGGAAGAGAUACCCAUCAUCUUGAGUACUGAAUGGGUAUCGAGCUAUCACUUAGGAGGGUGUUUAUUACCUUGGGAAUUGGGGGCAGCAAACAUUGGUGGUGGCGGUGGCAACAGUAACUGUAAAAUAAACCACCACUUGUCACCCACUAAUAAACACUGUUUAGUGACCUGACCUCGUCAAAUACUAUGGGAAAGUGCAUAUAAAAGAUUCCUUGCUAAUAGCACUGAAACAAUGUAGGAAGUUUCCUCCGCGACUACUAGUAAACAAUUUCCAAAUGCUCGACAUCCAAUAGCCGGUGAGUAAUAAAUCAAUGUGCUCUAGUGGGGUUGUUAAACAAUACAAACUAACUUUUAUCAGCACUAAGCGAUUAAGCAUUCAGUGUGUUGUGUUCAGCAAGAAAGGGACACAUUCCUCACAUCCAAAUGAAACUGGAAAACUGUCACGAUAGGAAUCCAUUUGAUAAAGACAAGUGAAAUUAACUGUUGUAUUGUCACUCUAGGUUCUGACAUUGAAUAAAAAGAUAAGAAAAAAAUA